AUGGAUAGAAGACGACACAUUGCUAUCUUUACGACAGCAAGCCUCCCAUGGAUGACUGGAACUGCUGUCAAUCCUCUUUUUCGUGCAGCUUACCUUGAAAAGGCUGGAGAUUGGAAGGUCACCCUGGCAAUUCCAUGGCUAUCUUUGAAGGAUCAGGAGUUAGUUUAUCCAGGUAAAAUUGCAUUUGCUUCUCCGAGGGAGCAUGAAAACUAUGUUCGUCAGUGGGUUCAAGAAAGGACGGGAUUGAUUUCAGGUUUCAAAAUUGGCUUCUACCCUGGAAAGGUAAAUCUUCUUUGCCCAUGUUGGCAUCUACCAGAUGGAUGUCAAAACCAUUUUCAAGGUCUUUAAAUAGAUGCAACGUGUAAUACGGGGAAGUUAAUCCCAGAAACAAGGUGACAAAACAGCACUUGAAAAAUGUGGCGAAAGAGAAAUUGUUUGAACAUUUAAAAAUAAAAUUUAUAUUUAAAAUUUUUAAAGCUUCGCGCACAUUUAGAUGGUUUAUAUUAGUAUAAAGUUGAUAUGAUAUUUGUGUUAUGUUGCUUACUUCAAUGAUAACUAUGUAUUUCACAUUUCGGGCAUCCCUAACUCUUACUUUAUUCGUAUAAAUUUCAUGGUGUUUAAUCUUAAAAUAAUAAAGCUCAAGGAUAACUCUGAAAUUUGUGGUACAAGGAUCCAAUGAUGAAACUACCUCUCUCUCUCUCUCUCUCUCUCUCUCUCUGGUUUGCCAUCCGGGGUGGACCGGAUGCGGCAAACCCAAGUUGGGAAACUGUUCCAGCCAUCCCAUCAUGAUCCUAACCUUAUCAAGCUUUUUCUUUGACAUGCAUUGGAGACGGCAUACUUGGAACUCUUUAGAAUGUGACCAUACGGCCCCUAUCAUCCUCAGAAUACUUGUCCCAGAGGACUAGUCUUGAGUGAGGAUCAAAAUCACCCCUGACAGAUUGGAGUCUGGAGUCAUGACCCCUGUUUCUUGAUUAUUAUCGGUAUAAGUGUAAUCUUCACUCUGGAAAACGGUUGCCCUAGUCGCCUUGCGUUCAGUGCCUCUAGCAGUCAUAACUUCAUCGCCGUCAAACGCUAUGUAGAAUCACAUGAAACGUUUGUAAUCAUGUGCUUUUCUCUCUUCUACUCCUCUUGUAUUAAUCUUCUCCUCUCUCUAGCUCGCUCUCUGUUUCCUCAUGUGGGCGACUAGUAAUCAGUCAUCGCAUGACCAUAGAUUGAAACUUCGGCCAUUUUCUCUGGUUGUUACUUAUUUAAUAUGCAGCCUAUAAUACUUCACGGUAGGACAGCUUCUGGGUUCAGCUUGGAGCCUCCAGACUCAUCAAUGAACCCAUUUAAUCUUGGUCUCCACCUUCCCAAUCUUUUAGAAAAAAAAAACGUUGUGUCGUACAGCUGCUCUCUGAAACUGUCGUAUUGCUUGUGGUAAUGGCAGAAAGUACGGAUAUAACUUGCUAUUUUUUACGAUGCUUGAUGAAUAAACUGCGACUUAUUUCAUUUUCAGUUCUCCAAAGACAAAAGGAGCAUCCUACCCGUCGGGGAUAUUACAGAAGUCAUCCCGGAUGAAGAGGCCGACAUUGCUGUUCUUGAGGAGCCUGAGCAUCUCACGUGGUACCAUCAUGGCCGAAGGUGGAAAACCAAAUUCAGGCGAGUUAUAGGAAUCGUCCACACCAAUUACUUGGAGUACGUAAAGAGAGAGAAAAACGGGCUCAUCCAGGCCUUCUUUCUGAAGCAUAUCAAUAACUGGGUCACCCACAUCUACUGCCACAAGGUAAGCUUUUAAAGCAGGUAAAUUUAUCGCUUUUCUGGCCUUCCAGUUCCUCCCUAUACAGGACUCCUCUGCUUUGUUUUUUUUUUCUUAUGAGGCUGGAGAAUUUGAUUCAGGCCUGGAAGGCAUGAUUCUACAGGGAAAUUCCGGCCGUAUUUUUUUACCUUUUUUUUUUAUAUAAAAAAGGGCCGCUGUCAUGGCCCACUGAUCUUACCGAAGCAUCUUAAGGUAUCCAAUCGUGAUAUUCUAGUCUGUAUGGGGAGAGGGGGGGGGGGGGACAUUAAUGGGCCCCCCUAGAAGAUCACUUUUAAGGCAUGAAUGGUAAUCUGGCAUUCAACAGACUCACCUGGAAUGCUAGUCUGGGUUGCUUGGCCUCACACUUAGCUUAGCCUCCAUCUAGAUCGCUAACUCUCCCCCCCUCAAAUUAGAGCAUAUGACCCAAAGAUUCUGUAAAUAAGUCAAUGCCUCUUCUUUAUGAUUCGUCGUGGGAAGUGUUAAUUAUAUUAUCUGCCAGAGUUUGCUAAACCCUGUAAUGACCUGCUUCAUUGUGCUCAGUCCUCUCAGAGGAAAACACGUGUACUAUAAAUGGAGUUAGCAGCUUGAUCGCCGACGUAAAUGAUCGUCGAUCGUUCUCACUGAGCACCCAAGUCUUCGAGGAAAGAUGUCCAUGGCCUCAGCAGAAGCUGCUUCUUACCCUUCUGGGACACCGAGUUGCUCCCCAAGAAAGAUACAAUAUCUGGGAUUUUAUGUUCUAUCAGGUUCUGAUCAUGCAUAAUCUACAGUAGAGAGAUUCAAGACAGCAUGGGCUCUCAAUAGCAUCAUGGUUAGGAUUUUCCAUAUAUACUCUACUCCCUCCAACAACCACAAGAAAGAUAGUACAGUAUGGAGUUGAAUCGGUGCUAGAGAGAUGAUGGAACUCUGCCCAUAAGAUUCAUGCAUGUCAUCUCGUCACCGAAAUUCUCCUCUCCAGACUAAAAGAUCGAUGCUUUUUUCCAUGGGAGUAGUUGUAGCUUUUGCUCUUAGUGAGAGAAUACCAUGUGACCUAUUUUCUGCAGCGCUAUCUUCAAGGAGAUGAAACUUUGAUGCUGCUAAGUCCUCUCAAAUUUUCUAAGUAGGUGGGGCAGAUAAGAACCCCCAGAGGAGGUGAGACGGAUGAGCACUGGGUCUCUCGGACCAAUUGUGCAGACUCUAUUUAAGACCCAACACCUACCCCCUGGUCAACGGCUCCACGGAGGUCUCUGUCACUGUGUUCUUAUGCACCUAGAGCACCAUGUGAGGGAGGAAGCAUUUUUAAUGGCAGGAUGAGACCAGGGCCAAGUUGGUGAACGCCAAUCGACAAGAAGAGACCUCUACUGGAGGAGAGAUGGGCAACUAGGGUAGGUGUCUCGGAGUAAUCCACGCCCUGUACAAAUAGAUGGGCGUCGCAGUGUACAGUGGAGCAUUGAAGUGGGGUACAAGAUGCUCAUCGACGUCUAUCUUGCUUGUUCCUCGUUGUUCUUGGACCCCCGGACAGAUCGUCUUUAUCUGCCUGAUCAUGGAGCAUAAAACUGUGAUCUUUCGAUUUAAUCCCGCGUUUAUUCGGAGAUAAUUUUUUGGCUGAAUCCCACGUUUCAUUCCCCCGCAGAUCGUAAGAUUGUCGGCUGCGACGCAGGAUCUUCCGAGAUCUGUCGUCUGUAAUGUCCAUGGAGUUAAUCCCAAGUUCAUCGCCAUUGGGAAGGACAAGGAAAGGUUGCAGAACGGAGGAGGAGGAGGAGAGUCACCGACGAAGGGCGCCUACUACAUCGGGAAGAUGGUCUGGAGUAAAGGUUACAGAGAGCUCCUUCAGUUGCUCUCGGCGCAUCAGGACGAGCUCGCCGGAUUCACAGUGGACCUCUACGGAGACGGGGAAGACUCCGACCAAGUCCGGCAGGCCGCCGGAAAACUGAAACUGGCUGUGAGAGUCUUCCCCGGCCGGGAUCACGCCGACCCUCUGUUUCACGAGUGAGGACCCCACUGAUCGAGCUUCAGUCCGCCUUUUCCCGUUAUUUUUCCGGUCAAACUCCGGCUCCGAUCGAGCCUUCCGGCCAGUUUUCGUCAUUUUUUUAUACUGUAGUUCCUUCUCUGAUUCGACUUCUCUUGGUCCCUUCUGUCCGUUUCUUCCAGGUACAAGGUUUUCAUAAACCCUAGCACGACCGACGUGGUCUGCACGACGACGGCGGAGGCCCUGGCCAUGGGGAAGAUCGUCGUCUGCGCCGACCACCCUUCUAACGAGUUCUUCAAGAAGUUCCCCAAUUGCCGCACUUACAGCGGCAAGAAAGGGUUCGUGACGGCGGUCCUCGGGGCCCUGUCGGAGGAGGCGCCGCCGCCGCUGACGGAGGCCCAGCGGCGCGAGCUCUCCUGGGAGGCGGCGACGGAGAGAUUCCUGACCGCCGCCGAGCUGGGCCCGGAGGAAUCCGCCGCGGGGAAGCCCGUUGACUCCUCGCCGCCGUUCAUGUCGGUGUCGAUGAUGAAGCUGCGGGAGCUGAGAAGGAGCAUCGAGGGCGCGUCGGCGCUGGUUCAUCACACCAUUUCCGGUAACGAAGCCGCAAGGCGAGCUUUUGGGGCGAUCCCCGGCAGCCUGCGGCCCGACGAGCAGCAGCGCAAGGAGCUCGGCCUGCUGCUCCCUGUCGGCAGUCCUGGCUGA